UGGCGCGGUGGCACGGGGACCCCCCCGGUGGGGGCUGAGCCGUGGCAUGUGUGCCGCCCUCCCCGGCAGGGACCCUGAGCCACGGCACGCUGCCCGGCUUCAACAAGACGGUGCUGCAGAGCCUGCCCCGCAGCAUCAACCUCAUCAUCGUGGAGAGUGCCCUGAUGGCGGCCGCCUUCCUCGCCAUGCUGGUGGUCCUGGUGCUCUGCGGCUCGGCGUAUCGGCCCACGGAAGAGAUCGACCUGCGCAGCAUUGGCUGGGGGAACAUCUUCCAGCUGCCCUUCAAGCACAUGCGGGACUACCGCCUGCGCCACCUCUUCCCCUUGUUCAUCUACAGCGGCUUCGAGGUGCUCUUCGUCUGUACCGGCUUCUCCUUGAACUACGGCGUGUGUGCCCUGGGGCUGGAGAAUCUGGCGUACCUUCUCAUGGCCUAUGGCUUCUCCGCCUCGGCUUGCUCCAGCCUGGCCCUCUGCAUGCUGCGCCUGAGGCGGCAGAUCCCGCUGCUGGCCGGAGCCCUCGUUCACGCUGCCCUCCUGGUGACUCUCUUCUGCUGGGCACCCGAGCCCCGGCACCUGGUCCAGGCACCUCUGCUCUACUCCAUAGCCGUGCUCUGGGGCAUGGGGAGCGCCCUCAACAAGACUGGCAUUAGCAUCCUCCUGGGCGUGCUGUACGAGGACAAGGAGCGCCAAGACUUCGUCUUCACCAUCUACCACUGGUGGCAAGCCCUGGCGAUCUUCACCGUCUACCUGUGGUCGGGGCUGCCCAUGAAGGCCAAGCUUUCCAUCAUGCUGCUGACGCUGGCGGUGGCGGUGGGGGCCUACCUCUGGAUGGAGCACAAGGUGGCACAGCACGUGGCAUACCGCCUGCCCCGCAUCCCCCGCCCGCGCCACAAGAUGCACGGCUACCGUUACUUGGAGGAGGACGACUCCGACGAGACCGGCUCGGAGGGCGACGGUGGCAAGGACGACAAUGAUGAGCACCCAACGGAGGCCACCGGAGGGGACGAACUGCCAAAAGAUGAUGGGGACCAGCUGGGUUAGAGACAGCCUGUCCUGCCGCACCGCCGUGGUGGCCACCCCCCUGCUCUCUGAACCUGAAGGGAGGGUCCACGGCCCUCCCUGAAGCUGCCCAAACCCCCCGAGCGGGCCCAAACUUCCACAGGCUCCCCUCAGGCUAGGCUUACAGCCCCCCCAGGCAGACCCACAGCCC